ACUAGAUGGCUGAAUUUAUUAAAACCAUACUGUAGUUAAUUUCCUUCAUAUACAUUAUAUAUUAGCUUCCUGGGAGAUUUGGUAGAGAUACAUUUAAUGAUAGAACGCUGCUAGCAAGCUAGCAACAGUACUGUCACUGCUAUGGAAAGUUUCAGGUGUACUGUAACCAUAGAUGUACUCUGUUUUUGGACAUACUAACGCUGGGUAUCUUGUCAUCUUAACUUUUUGUAAGACCAGAAUGUACAGCUACUGAUCGUAUGUGUUAAGAUGUCGGACAGCGAAGCCUCCAUUGACCCUGCUAGGAGUUCAGAGGUUGCCGAGACAGUUGUGUCAGAAAUGGAGGCCCCACCACAGAAGAACACCUUUCUGACACCACCAGACAGUGAUUCACAGACAGCAGACAUUGCCCUAGAGACACCCCCUGGGGACUGCACCAGAGGUAAUGCCACCGAUGUUGCUCCAACCAGAAAGGGUAGGAAGACCAGGCAGAGACCAGAUCCAGUUCAAGUCCUGGAGACACAAGAGGAAAAACCCAAAGUAGAGGAAGAGCCAGCCAAGGUAUCUAGUAAGUCGACGGUAGCCCAGGGAGGAUGGGGUUACUGGGGAAGCUGGGGAAAGUCCAUCAUGUCAACGGCCUCAGCCACAGUUGCAACUGUAGGGCAUGGGAUCACCCAAGCCAUUGAGAAAGCAGAGACUUCGCUGGGAAUCCCAAGCCCCACAGAGCUAUCUGCACAGAUUGGAGAUGAUGGCAAACAAGAGGGUGAAACCAGAUCUGAGACUGAUAAAGAGGAAGGAGAUAGCGCAUCAGCCAUGGGAAGCGCAAUGGGAAUGUUCUCAUCUCUCAGCACUGCUGUUCAAAGCACCGGGAAAACAGUCCUAACAGGGGGUUUGGAUGCUUUGGAGUUCAUUGGCAAGAAGACCAUGGAUGUCAUAGCAGAGGGAGAUCCAGGCUUCAAGAAAACAAAGGGUCUGAUGAUCAAGACUAACACUCUCUCUCAGGUUUUACGUGAGGCUAAGGAGAGAGAGGAGCAGCAAACAGCAGAAGAGGUUUCUUCUGACACAGAAAACAAGGCCCAUUAUGGAAUGUUGUUUGAUGAAUUCCAGGGCCUAUCCCACCUGGAAGCUCUGGAGAUUCUCUCUAGGGAAAGUGAGUCAAAGGUGAAGUCUGUUCUGACCACUUUGUCUGGAGAGAAACUGACCGAACUCAAAGAGGACCUGGAGCUCAUCAAGGAACCCUUCUCUCUGGUAGAGUUUGACGACGAGGAGGUGGAUGAAAAGAAAGAUGACUAUGCUGCUGAAUUUGUAAGGGAAUUGACUGAGGCCCUAGAAAGACUGCACAUAUCCACAACAGCUGUCAAACUUGAAAAGGCAAGUAAGAAUUCUUUUGACCAAAUUGCCCAAAUGACCAACCCCAUGAAGGAAGAAGGGAAUGAAGUCGGCGUGGAAAAGACCUAUACUGUUGAGGAUGUCCACUUGUCUGCUAUCAGAAGCCUGGCUGAGCUCACUGCCAGAUCCAUAGAGCAAUUCCACAAAGUGGCUGAGAUGAUACUCUUCUGUACCACGCAGAAGGUCACCACUCUGGAGCAAGCGAAAAUCCUUUCACAAGUAACAAUUGUGUUGUGCAAAAUGAUAUCACUACUUUCCAAGAAGUUCACCACCUGUUUGACUACAAUAGGGUCAUAUGAAAAAGGAGAUGUCCUCAACCCACUCAUAACGGGAGUAUUUUUGGAAGCUUCCAACAGUGCAUCAUACAUCCAGGAUGCCUUCCAGCUCCUCAUGCCUGUAUUGGAGGUGUCCCAUGUUCAGAGAAGUGCUGACUUUACCUAACAGUGACCACAUUCCCUUCCCACCUGUGCCAACAAGGAACACUAACAAACAAAAGCCUUGACAUAUCAUUGCAGUUUUAAAAACAAAUACUUCCUCAACGAUUUAGUUUGGAGCUUAACUAAAGUGGCACACCUCAGAUACAAAAUGUACUUCUGACAGUGUUUAUUAUUUGUUGUUUAUGUAAUACUGCUGUUGUAUAGCACAGUUGUUUCAGUAUUUGAGGAGUUUUACAUGUUUGAAUAAGAGAGACGUGGUGUAUGAUUAUGGUGUAUUUCCCAUCCAAAUACUCUGCUUAUGUGCUGACAUUCAUUUGGAUAUUUUGAAUAUAAAGUACAUGCGUUAUGUCUGAGGAUAUUUCACGUUUACCUUGAUUAAAUGCAUUAUUCAUACCAUCAGGACUUUAGGAUUUCCUCAAUCCCUGUCUUUACCAAUGAAUAUUAUACUUUGACAUGCCUCACUGUUUAUCUGCAAGUGUGAAUAUAUGACCAGAAUAUUAGUAAUUAAAUAAAAACAACUUCCAAUGUGUCUUAGCUAGAACAGUUUUUGUAGUUAUCUUUAUAGGAACUGUAUGUAAGGCAUGUAAUGUAUUUUUGUGUGGCCUAAAAUUUAAUCAGAUAUUCAUUUAAGUCCAAAUAAUAAGUGAACGUGAUCCACCAAAUUACACAGACUGAUUUUAAAAAGAAUUGGGGAGCCAAAUUCAUAGAACAUUACCUUUUUUGUUGAAGUAUAAACUUCUAUGUUACUCAGCUCAAAAUGCAUUGAAGCAGUCAAAAGUUUAAUAUUUGUUUUAAAAUUCUUUAUGUUGACAUUCAAAAGUCUGGUUUGUGUGAUUAUUUGGGGAUUAUUGGGACUUAAAGAUCUGGUAAGAAUUUAGAUCAAAUUUACACAGAAAUACAGAAAAUGCAUAACGUGUCCCAAACUCUAUUACCCCUGUGCAAAACUGUCAGGUAUUUUAUGCUUUUGUAAUAAAAGAUUUCUUCAACAAA